GCAUAUACAGACGUACCACUUAGUAUGUACUUCGCGCAAAUAGCGCAGAGUUUGCUGCCGGAAGAUUAUUUAACCUUGUCGACGUAAGGCUACAAGUUUUAAACGUCAUAACCAUACAUUUAGUAGUGAGAAGGGGAGACCUAGUUUAUCAAGCUGUAUAAUUCAAUACAAGACGAAGUCGUCAUGAGCGGAUCACAGCCAUCAGUACAAGUCUCCAAGCUAGAAAGAUUGAAGGAAAUCAGCGGACAUGGCGCCAUUGGUUUACCUUGCAUUCUAGUCAUCUUGUUUAUGAUUGGACAAUGGCUACACUACAAAUUCAUCGUCACAGGAAACGAAUUACUGGUCAACAUCAACUUUAUAACUCUACCAGCGGUACAGUGUACCCUAGACAUUUUAACAUUUUUUCUAUUUUUCACAAUCAACUCAUCAACAUCCAAGGAUAUAAGCGACAAAGUGGAAGGGAUUAUUAUAUGUUUUGUAUGUCAUACUUUUGGGAUAUUUUUAACACAAUUCGUUGUUCACCAUGCCGAGAGCAUAUAUUUCACGCCAGCAGCUUUCCUCGGCUUGCUAUUCCUGGUUCUACAGGAUCGUAUAUGCACCGGAGUCUGGGAAAGACCCAUCAGAUUGGUGUGUCACGUCGUUAUGACAUGCGGAGCAAUGUUGAUGACGUCACAUCAAGAUGACAGCAACGCAGGAAAUGGAUCUGUAGCAAUAGCUAUCGUGUUUUAUUUCAAUUUGCGGAACAUAAUGCUAAAACGACUUGCAACAGACAAUAUACGUCUCGUGCUGCGCAUGCGUGUGCUAUGCACGUUUGUGUCAACUCUGAUGUUGGCGUUAUUUAUCGUUGGUCUUCUUGGAGUUCCACACGUGACGUCAACAAUAAUGACUGCAUUGUUCUCCUCUGCUGCCUCAGUUCUUACAAUGUAUAUUUUAUUAAACUUUGUCUUUCUUACACAUUCUGUAUUUUUUGUUACGAUACUACACUUAUGGAGUCGGAUUCUACUGCAAGUGAUGUUCUCGUCCCCGGCAUCCUACGUGUCUCUCCUUACAGUAGGCGCUGUGAUAGGCGUUACAACGAUCAUUUACGUUACCUACGACCCAGAUAAAAAGGGCACAGCGAUACCAUUGAAACUAAAGGAGCACACCAAACUUUCCCAGUAUGAAGUGUACACCCGGAUGGAGUUCCUUAUAUACGUUGGAUGUGUAAUUGGACUGAUAAAGUGCCUAAUGCAGCCAGGUCUGAGUGAAAGAGACCGAUUGAAUCUCCAAAAUAUCGGCAUACUCAGUACUGCGGAGGAUAGACUUUCCAAUAUCUCUUGAAAUUGGGCAUUAAAGAUAACUAUAACCUUUCCAGUACGUUUGAACUAGGCCAUUAAAGAUAACUAUAGCCCAGCAAGAAUACACAAAUAUUCACCGGUGGAGUUGUCAGUACUGUGAAUGAUAGUGGAAUUCGAGCUUAUAUAUAUUAUGGCUAGAUUGCUUUAAAUGUGACAUUUAAGAAUCCUCAUCCCACUAAAAACUGUCACCAGGUAUUGAAAACUGUUUCGUCCGGCAUGGCCAUGGUAAAAUACAUAAAUUCAACAAAGAAAACCAUACCUUGGGGCACUCUCUGAGAAAUCGUAAGGAUGAAAUAAAGAAAAUAUAACCAGCACCAGUAUUCUCAUCUUCGCUAGCCAAGGGUUACAAUCCGGUACGACCUACCUAUCCUUAGCUAGCGAAGAUGCAGUAUUCUGAGUGUAACAAAAGUAUCGGGCCUAGACCUGGAUUCGAACCCCAGACUUCAGCCUGUAAUAUUACCGUACUAACCGACUGAGCUAUCUGAUCAACAGAAAAAUCCCGCCCAAACAGUGCUUCAGUUAUAUCCAAACGGAAGUUAAAGGGAGAUAAGAAAAAACACAGAGUAGUGGGACGAGGAUCCUUAAGACGAGAGAAUAAACAUUCCUAUAUAGAUAGUUGUAGGGUAUAUAUUAUGUCAAUGAAUGAUGUAUCCGUUAUUUAUUAUAUUACACCUUAUAUUCAAUCACCAAUUGGGGAAUUUGAUUCUCGGUUUCCACAACUUUAUAGAGGAAACCAUAAGCGAGGUACUUAGAAGCAUCUCGUGUGUUUCAAAGUAGGACACCAUAACCAGCCGUGGAACAUUUUGGCCGUUAAUACAUGUAUAUGUAUCUGUAACAGUUAGUAAAAGAAUGUCCGUCUGCAGGGAUUGUCAUACGGAAAACGCAUGUUAAUAUGCGUUUUGGGGUAAAGUGAUAAAAUAUUGCCUCAAUGCAUACUUGCAUAGUGCAUAUGACUAACUUUCUACUAAUAGAACAGGCGCUGUGCAAAAAUGUCCAUCGUAGGCACAGGGACCAGGGAAUGUGUUACAGCUAUAGUUGGACCUAAACAAAGGUGUUCAAAGAUAUUUGACAUGCUUUAGGGGUUUAGAUCGACUUUCGGUAAAAAUGACACCACCAACGAUCAUAAAUUCAAGAAGGAAGGAAAGCUCUCUAUGUCGAAAUGUUGACCCCACCUUACUUUCUUGCAUCAAAAACAACAUUUCUAGUUGAUCUACGAAUAUAUUAUCAUUGGGA